AGAUUACAUGUGAUGACAGGGGACUGAGACCUUUCAGCACGUUCGAAUAUGUUCCUGUUUCCUUAGUAGCUGAAACAUAACGUUACUCUAAACUAAGACGCUUAGCUAUCGACGACGCCACAAUGUUUCGCAUUGGCAGUAUCUUUCUUUGUGUUUUACUGCUGCCACUGACAAAAGCAAACGACGACAAUUCAGGUAAGAAGUAAAUUAAUACUACUGGCACAAAUCCCAUAACGGAACUGUAUAAUAUAUCAUCAAUUAUGAAAGGUAAAAACGCGCUAUAGUUCAACACGAAAUCCAAGCAAAUAAAGCGCUUCGAUUGUUUGGGAUCUUUCAGUUCAUAAGGAAAGUUUCAAACUGGUGGGGCUUUGUUUAAUUCUACUGAGGAAUGACCAUUUUUUUGACAGGCGGCUUAUAAAUAAGUGCAAAUGAAAAACAGCCAGGGUCGAGGACCCCGUCGUGGACACGGUUUUUCUCUGGGUCAUACUUAGGAAGGACAAUUUCUCACACACUCCCAGUGCAAGAAUAACUAAAUUCCCCAACUGGGGGUGGAGUUCUUCAUUUUCCUGUUUGAAGGGAGUCCUCAGCGUAGAACCCUGGGAGAGGUUCUAAGAGCCCCUAAAAAAAGGCACCUCUGGGGAAGGUUCUGAUGGCUCCUAAAAAAAUGCACCAAACGAUAACGUGGGAUCCGCGGGUCGAUACCUAACAGACUUUUUGAGUAUUAUUAUUAAUUUUUUUUUUAAUGAUCUUGAAACUGUUUAGUGAAGAAAUGUCCUGUCCCGAAAGCUCCUGAAAAUGCCUUUGCUAUCGGUAACAACACCGUUGGCUCGAAAGUCAGGAUCCUAUGCACCGAAGGUUUCUUUCGAAUGGGGAAACCAGUUAAAAUCCGGUGCCAAACAAAUGGGCAGUGGACUGAAACCAACGUUACUUGCGUAGGUAGGUUUAUAAACCUUUUAACGUAAAUGUUUUCUUCCACUUAGAUUCAGCGGAAGUAAUUAUCCAAUUCCUUCAAGCGUUGAAAGAACCUACCUCUGCCAAAUCUAUUUCUAAUUAAUCGUUUAUUGCCCUUUUAAAAGAAUUAAUUUUCUCACUUUAUGUGGCUCAAAUGUAUUUGUUUGUUCCCAACUUUUCCAUAUAAUUGGUCGUUAACUUGAAGAUCAUGUCGAACUUUUAAAAAGAAACUUCUGGAGUGACGCCUAUUCACUUGUGCAAACGCAACAGUGAAAGCUGUUUUUAGCCUCUUAAGAUGAAUGAGGACGCCUAUACGUGUCGCAAUUCAAUUUUGCUGGAUCUAUAUAAUUUUUGCGAUUAUUAAGAGUGCCACUGUUUGACAACGAAAAAGACUAUUUCAGUGGCUAGUUAUUUAAUACAGUGUUUGAUGCUUUCAGCUAAAAGCUGCGGGGAUCCGGGAUCUCCAACCAAUGGAAAUCGUGUCGGGUGGUUGUUCCAAUACAAUCAAACAGUGAGAUUCAAAUGCUUAGAGGGAUAUAUUCUGGAGGGACCUAAAGCAAGAACCUGUCAAGCCAACCAAACCUGGAGUGGAAUACAGCCAAUCUGUAAACGUAAGCCUGAUAGUCAUGGGAUAAUUAAGUUCAUCCUUUCUUCUUACUUUGCCUGAUGUAUACUCACGAACUUUUCCCAGGUUUUUUUUUUUUCCUAAAUGCGUGAUAGUAUCUACUUCCUGCUCGUUCAACGUUUAUUUUUUUUCGUUGCUCCGUGCACCAUUUUUCGCAACUCAGGAUGUAAAAUUCAUGAUUUUAAAUCCAUCGUUAUGAGAAAAGAGAGAGAAAGAAUCGAGGAGGUUUCAAUUUUUGUAUACUUUAGAUUAAGGCUCUCCGUUGCCAGUAGUUCAAUGCCACGCGACCCUCAGAACAUGUGAUCGACCACUCCCUUUAUGUUAACGAAAUCAUAGUCAGAUCACAUCUUUUUGUUAGUAAGAAAGCGAAAAAUGGAUUGACGCUUGUGCUUCCAAAUUAUUUUUGCAUGAAAUGGCUCAAGGCCAAACUCGGGUGGUUAGUUUCAAGCGAAACUAUGGCGACUCUACCAGGGGUUGAGUGAAACAAAAGAAUUUGUUUUUAACACUGAGUCCUCGUCAAUAUAAAGGCUGAUAAACCUUAUCGACAACUUAAUUGUUAACAGGCAAUUUUUGUUUUUUUUGCGUUAUUGUUUUAGCAAUUACGUGUGAGGACCCACCCAAAGUGGUAGGAGCAAUGAUGGUCGACAGCGUUGGGUUUGUGUUUAAAGAACAAGUACGCUACAAUUGUCGUGACGGCUAUCGAAUGGAAGGAUCAGGAACUCUGACCUGUGCGGCAAAUGGUAAAUGGAUCGGUGAAAUUCCAGUUUGUAAAGGUAAUAUUAUUAAUUGAUUAAGAGAUAAAUAAUAGUUGCCUACCAGUUCGAUAUAAUGGACAUGCAGAACUAAUAACACAAGUAUUCAAUCAAGCAAAAUUUCACUUUACUUUAAGGUUUUUGCCAAAGUAGAUUGGGUUCUGGAAAAUAAGAAGAGAGUAGUUAAUCUCAGUUCCUUGUCCUAAAUUGUGAUCCAGCCCCAAUGAGUCACCAACGCAAUUUAGCUUAAAAAGAACUCCCCAUUUCCAAUGGCAAAGUUGCAAGGUCGAGGCUUUCUGCAGAUAGCCGCUUUCCCGCUAUGUUAUGAACUUUGGUGAAGGUGGUGGUUGAAAUGGGUGUUUUUACGGGGCGUCCGAGCUUUCCGGUUCAAGGCUGUCUGUAGAGCUCCAAAAGUACUUAAAAUCGAAGUUAUCAUUCAUUUUUCUCCAGUGCUUCCAGGUGUCCUAGACACCGUACCUUACACGAUUUUAGGAUCCCUUUAACAAUUUAUCACUGGGAAUUUGAUGGUUUUCUUACUUGUUGUUCUAUUAGCACCAAAGGAGCUAAAAGGUGCCUACAGUUAAAUGUUUUUUUUUUUGAAAAACCGACUCAGAAGCAUUUAAUAAAAGUAUACCAAUAAUUAACCAGAGAAGUAAAAGCUUUAAGAUAUCUAAGACACCACGGAUCUCUAAAGAGAUUUUAACUGCAAGGAAAAUAAAGGAAAGAAUUUACUAAAAGUUUAGUUUAUUAAAAAUCCUAGCGAAAUGAAUGAGGUGACUUAUAAAACGGGUUUCGAAAUAAAUUAAAUAAAAUGAAAAAAGCUUGAAAAAAAAGUACAGAAAAAGCAAAGGGUAAUUUGAAAUUAUUUGGAAACUUAUAAAAGAGGUAAAAAAUAAAAACAAAACUAUAAAACAGAUAUUACCUAAUGCAUUUAAGGAGAAUGAUAUAGGUAUAGGGGUUAUAGUUCAUAAGGAAAUAGCUGAACGGUUUAAUAAAUAUUUUCUUAACAUAGGACCUAGACUAGCAGAGCAAAUACCAGAAAAUAUUAUGAACUUUGCAUCAUACUUAGGAAACAGUAAUGUUGACUCUAUUGUCUUAGAUCCAGUCACUGAAAGAGAAAUAGAAAUAGAAUUGAAACCACUGAAAAUCGACAAAUCAUGUGGUUAUGAUGAAAUGUCUCUAAGGGUUGUAAAUAUGUAUAUAAUGUGAUACUCACUGUGCUACCAUUUUUUCAGCCACUUAAAGAAAUCAUUGAGAAACCUUAAAGAUUCUUAAAAAAGCUCAUAAGAGCUUGCUAUGUUUCCCGUUGCCUCAACUAUAUAAUAUAUGUUUUGUAAUAUCAUGAUUAUAUACGAUGUAUGAAGGUUGUCAAUAAAACCUAUAUAUAUUUCAGCGGACUUUUAAAUUCCGUUGCUCUACAGCAUGUACAGGAUACAUUCCGAUUCUUUCAUUCAUUUCAAAUUUUGUUUGAGAAAAAAAGAAACUGUUGUUCGGCAAUUCACGAUGAAGGAAUGCAGCGACAGUCAUCUGAAAUCCAGAACACGUGUUAGAUUCACACAAACUGGCUGUCACGCGUUAAUUUCUUUUAAUUAAAACACAAAUCUUAAUUGUUCGGGAGCUAAAGAAGGGCAAUAAUUAUAUUCCAUCUGUAUUUUUGCAGAUCGUCUGUUUCCCUUUACUGAUCGACCAAAUCCCAUUAUCGGGUUCUCAUGAUCAACUUCUAUUUUCUUACUGAUAAAAGGACAAAUUCAAGUUCCAAUGUUACCUUUCAGCCAUGUAUUGAGAUUUGUUUUUCCAUCAUUUUGUUGCAUGUGCAGCCAUAUUCUGCGAAGAUCCCGGCACACCACAAAACGGUUCAAGAACUGGAAGUGCUGUUUUCAAGUACGGCGAGAAGCUAUCUUUCCUCUGCAAUAAAGGAUUCAUACUUUUCGGGUCUCACGAGCGAAGCUGCGAGGGAGGUGGAAAAUGGACGGGCGUUCAACCUUAUUGCGUCGGUAAACAAUGAACUUAAAAUUUCUUUGCUCACUCCCAAUUUCCCCUUAGAGAUUUCAGACUAUUCGCAUGCCUCAUUUUCAUCAUGAUAAAUUCCAUGAACCUCAACUCCCAUUUUUACUGGAGUUUGCUCUUUGUAAUGAAAUCUGACAUGUGUCUGAUAUUUACAUAGACUGGCCUUAUUGGAAUAAAAUUAGCAAUAAUAUUAUGUUUAGGUCGAUUAGCACCAAGUAGGAAUUGUUCCAAUUAUCGUCAAUUAUACAGUGUAUCAAUUCCGAUACAAGCAUGUUUAUUUAUUUAUUUAUUUUAUUUUAUUUGCCACACUAAUUACAAAAAAUAUAGGAAAAGAAGAAGAAGAAAAAAAAAAAAGAAGUGGCGAGGAGACCUAACAGAAACUAUAGGAGCUUAUGAGAGGUUAGGCCUCCUCGAACUAUGAGCUAGAGCUGUUUCACAUCAAUUGAAGAGAAGAAGGCGAAAAGUCGAAGAUGGAAAGAUUUAUAAACUGUUUUCAUACUUACUCAAUAAUUUAAUCUUCAGUUUUUUCUUAAAAGAGGAGAGGGAUUGAGAGUUGAUGAUCUUGUUGUCAAGUGAAUUAAAAAACUUAGGCCCUUGAAAAAAGGGCGAGAACUUCUUCGUGUUUGUACGACAAUACGGUAGACGGUAGGCCUGGGAAUUUCUUGUAUUGUAAGAGUGGAAUUGAUUGCUUUGAGAGAAAUUGUUAUUAAACUUUGGAGGUAAGAAUGAAUUUUUGCAAGAAUACAUAAAUUGGCCCAGUUGAAGCAAAUGGAUAUCAUUAAAUUUUAGUAUACCGAGGUCCUUAAAGAUGGGGUCAGUAUGAGCAUUAAAAUGUGAUUUAUUAAUAAUUCUAAUAAUGCGCUUUUGCAGGAUAACAAGGCGGCGGAGAUUAGUUUUAUAGGUCGAAGCCCAAACGAUAUUGCAGUAGUAAAAAUAAGGAUAAAUUAAGGAAUAGUAGAGCAUACGUAAAGACGAUUUAGGAAGAAAGAAGCUGCAUCUAGAUAUUAUACCGAUUGACUUCGCAACUUUACUGGCAACGUGAGAUAUUUCCGACUUCCAAUUUAGGUUUUCAUCCAAAAUUACGCCUAGAAAAUUUGUCUCCUUUACUUUAACAAUAUUUUGAUUAUCUAUACUUAUUUGAAUAUUACAAAUUGAACGCUUUUGUCUUGGUUUGAAGACCAUAAAUUUAGUCUUUUUAAGAUUUAGAGAAAGCUUGUUUGCUUUAAACCAGAUUGACAGUUUGUCCAUCUCCAAGUUUAACAUAUCUGAGAGAUAGUUCAGAUCUUUAUGUGACAUGAAUACAUUGGUAUCGUCAGCGAACAAUAUCAGAUUUAAUAGAUUAGAAGCAUUGUUGAUGUCGUUAAUGUACAGUAAGAAUAAUAGAGGUCCGAGGAUAGAACCCUGAGGGACCCCACAAGAGAUUUCAUUUCUUAACGAACGGUGGCCAUUAUAUUCAACAUAUUGCUUUCUGUUUGAAAAGUAACUUCUUAUCCAGUCCAGCGCUAAGCCACGAAUACCGUAAUGUUCGAGUUUAUCAAAAAGGAUGAUAUGAUUUACAGUGUCAAAGGCUUUUGAGAGGUCAAGAAAAAUACCUACGGAAAAUUCACCUCGGUCAAAGGCAGUAGAGAUCUUAUCAUGCAAGUCGAUUAACGCGAGUGCAGUGGAAUGAUUUUUCCUGAAGCCGUAUUGGUUACUACAGAGGAUGUUGAAGUUCAUCAGAUAUUGCAUUAAACGAUUGUAGAUAACUCUUUCAAAGAAUUUUGAAAAACUGGGAAGCACCGAGAUAGGUCGGUAGUUGAUGAAAAGCCACUGAUCAUCAGAUUUAAAAAUAGGUAUCACGCGAGCGAUUUUCAUUUCAUCGGGAACAAUACCAUGCUGGAUUGACAAGUUUAUGAUAUGGGUGAGUGGUUCAGAAACAAGUAGAAUGGACUCCUUAAUGACUGUCAUUGGAAUCUGGUCGUAGCCAGCUGCUUUGCCUGGGAGAAAAGUUUUCGCAAUCUCAGUGAUCUCAUCUUGAGUUGUAGGGUUGAAGAAUAGUGACUGUGUAAAGGAACCAUCAAGAAAACAACGGUGUGAAGCUGACGACUGUAUACCCCUUGCUAAAUUAGGACCGAUGCUUGAAAAAUAACUACAAAACUUGUUGGCAAUUUCGACAGGAUCAGUAACUUCACGAUCAUCAGCUUUAAAUGUUGAGCAUCUAUUGGAAUUUCUUUUGCUUCUGUUUAGAAUUUCAUUUAAAAUUUUCCAAGUAGCACGAGUAUUAGAUUGAACGUUAUUCAAUUUCUUCUCAUAGUAUAGACGUUUUGCUGUCCGCAGAGAAUGAUUUAAUUUGUUUUUAUAACUUUUGUAAACUGAUUGACGAUCCAUUGUUGGAUUUCGCAGAUAUUUUUUAUAAAGCCUAUUUUUCUUCCUAAUACACUUAAUAAGCGCAUUGGAUAGCCACGGUUUAUUUAAACGGGACUGUUUUCUAGUUAAUUUUUUUACAGGGAAGCACACAUUAUAACUUUCAGAAUACUUCUUUAUAAAGCUAUUAUACGCGUUUUUGGGGUCAUGAUAACCAUCAAGGGAGGACCAGGUAAUUUGUUUUAGCGUUUCGAGAAAACUCGCUAAGUUUUCUUUAUUAUUGUCUCGAAUGACCACUGGGUCAUGAGCGUGGCUGUUGGAAGAGUCAUUAUUUGAAUGAAUCGAAAAAACAGGUAAGUGAUCAGAGAUAUCAGUAAUCAAUAAACCACUUCUCGAGUGAUCAAAAAAUGUGUUUGCGAAAAUGUUAUCUAGCAAUGUUGCGGUGUGAGAAGUUAUUCGGGUGGGACGUGUUAUCAUGGGAAAAAACAUAUACGAGUGCAAUCCAUCAAGGAAUUCGCCAGUGUUUUGGUGAUGUUGAAAGUUAAUUAAAUUCAAAUUGAAAUCACCCAUAAUAAAACAUAUUUUGUUCUCUCUAGAGAUUUUCGCUAACAGAUCAUUGUGUUUUGACACAAAAUCACCAACUCUCUGAUUAGGUGGCCUGUAAAUAACACCACCGAUAAUAUUUUUCCCAUGGGGUCUUGAUAUUUCAAUAAACAAAGAUUCUGCAACAUCAAUAUCGUCAAAACUCAAGUCAGCGCGAAUUUUAAAAUCGAGAUUGUCAGAAAUAUAUAAGCCAACACCACCACCAGUUCUAUUUGGGCGAUGUUUGUGAAUAAAAUUGAAACCAUCUAUGUCUACUGAAUGGGAAUAAUCAUAUAAUGUUCAUUAUAUCGAGGCAGGUGCAAGAAGUAAAAACCUUUUAAAAAAGGAACGUGUUGAAAAUUUUUGUGUGUUUUCUUCCACAGAAUGUGCUGGAGUAGACACUCCCGUUUUUAUCAGAAAAGGCAUCCGUUUUAUCCAAGGACUUAUCAAGGAAAAGCGUGGAUAUGUGGUGACAGUUUUGACUCAACCCUCUGACGAAGAAGAGGACGUCGUAAUUUUAGGAAGAGGGACACAGCAUUACAUCAUCGUGCAGGACAAAGUUCCUCCUACGAAGGAUAUCUUCCUGGGAACAAAAGUCAUAGCAAAACACCCAAACACUGCAAAGUAUACAUUUGCUAAGGUUAACUCGAUUAACGAUGAAAAACAUUCCGUGACAUUUGAGGACAAACGAGGAACUACAGCAACCUUGACUAUUGAUUCCAUUCGGACGCUAGAUCCGCCAAGGUUCUGCGGUACGUUCGCCACCAAUAUCCUUAAGUAGAAGGGAAAAUGGGACUUGUAUAGAGCGGUUUUCACUUGACUGUCGAAAGGGAUUGGUUUUGGUUUUGGUUUUGGUUUUACUACGCCCUUUGGUUCGCUAGUGUAUUUACUUUGGUUUUGGUUUUACGACAGUCAAGUGAAAACCGCUCUAAUUUAACAACUUAAGUCAGUAUUACCUUGUUUGCGUAGAAACUGUUGAGCAGAGCACUAAAGAGCAAAUGUACGAUUUAAAUGAACCAGAAUAUGCGAAAGCAUUGGUUGUUUAAUGGGGAGAGGUGCACUUUCAUGAACGGAUUAUAUAAUUAUAUAAUUAUAUAUGUUUUCGACGCGUUUUAGCCUACUCUGGGAGAGGAAGGUACUAUAAAUACAAGGUUCUUACGUGUAUUUGGUAUCCUUUAUGAGAGUAUACAUAAUCAGUGCCUGGUACAGAGUGGACGUUUUUUAUCUCAAUCUGGAAAAUGUUCACAAAAUGCAGCUAAAAUGAUCUGAUAGUGCUAAAUAGUGUCAAGGAAUCCUCCCAUUUUGGUUACUUUUCAUUUCGUGUAAAUUUUUCACAUUUUCCUUACCCAUUAUUUUAAAGCUUUUGUUAAGAGUAUAAAAAGCUGCAUCGCAAAAGCUGAAGAUUCAAUAUUUGCCUCUGAAAAAGUCAUGUUUUCAAAUGUCUUUUUCCAACAUGCAAUACCUGUCUUCCACAAUAGGUAAAGUAAUGAAAUUAGACCUAAUAGUCACCAUAUUUUUUACUGGUGAAGUUUACAAAAUCAAAUCUCUCUCUAAUUACCAUUGUAGCGUCAUGUCCUGAUCCAGGAAAGCCAGAUAGAGGCUUUAGAGAGGACGAUCUUCUCGAAUUCAUUCCUGGUACUGAAGUUGAAUAUGGUUGUGAGAUAAACACUCAAUUGAUGGGAUCCAGCAAGCGAAAAUGUUUACCCAGUGGGUUAUGGACAGGAGUUCAACCCACCUGCAAAAGUAAGUUUUUAGAUUAACUGCAAAAGUAAGUAUUUAAAUUCUUGAAACUAGGAUGACACCGACUCUCCCAACGUUGACUGCCAAGUUGAAGUAAUGUUACUAUUUUUUUUUUCCAAUUCAUCUUUUUGUAUUUAAAUGCGAUACUCUUGAUGUUACUGUUCUUUUUUGCCUCGUGCACUAUUUAUCUCUACACGUCAAUUUCUCUGCACUUACAGCCACUUCACCCAUACGGACAUCUUGCUCCUCACGAAUACGGCCGUUGAGGGCAGCUCUAACCGCAUCAUAAAUUACAAAGAAAUUACUGGAUUACGUAGCAGUUAUGUUCUGCUUUUGUGCAUCAAUCGAAAUACUUCAUCGCUUGACAUGGCCCCUUAAAAGCAUAAAAGUGUAAACGAAGUAAAAAUAAACAGCACUGGUUUAUCUUAACAUAUUCACAUUUUUCCAUAGUUACGUCAUGCUGGGACUUAGACGUCUUUCCUCCCAAGAAUGGUAAACGAACAGGAGAUGAGUUUGGUAUCGGUAGCUCUGUGUCAUUCACCUGUAACCAGGGAUACGAGUUGAUAGGGAGUUCAACCCUUACUUGUCAGGCGGAUGGACAGUGGAGUGGAAUUGUACCAAUCUGUAAAGGUGUGAGGCUAAAGUUCUUGUUGUGUUUCUAAUAUGUGAUUAAGUUGUGGAUUGGUUCAGCGAGCUGGUUCUUUGGUUAGGUGUCUAAUUAUUGACGGACACGUGGACCGAGUUGAGGGCAAAUGUAAAGGUUUACUUUGACCUUUACUUGGCAAAGAACGGUAUCCCUAGUAGACUAGUGCAGCCGGGGAUCAAAAAUAAAAUUGCUUUCAAAUGUAAAUCUGUUACACUGAGGAAAAAAUAAGAGUUACAUCUGAUUUGCUCGUGGCAAAUAUGACGCAAUAAAAGUGCACAAUAGGAGGGGGAAAUAGGAGAGGAGAUCAGAGGUAAAGAUGUGGUAAUUCCUUAUACCGCAUUCCCAUUAUCCCAAAUUUGCGGUCAUUUACCAUCUUUGCAGCCUCAAACUUAACCUUAAAGUCUGCAUUUUUUGACAUCAUAUUUGCCCCGAGCAACUAAUGCGUCUUUAUUGCGGUGAUUUUUCGGCACGGCCACUUGUCAAUAAGAAAACAUAAUGCUAGAACCCUCAAAGUUAUGUCAGAGCGCAAGUGAUGCUUUGACCUUUUUUUUUUCUUCUCAGAUCAGCUCAGAAGGAUUGCAAAGAGUAAAUUAUAAUUUAUUUAUUUAUUUAUUUCCUUUAAUGGAAACAUUUAUAGAUCUCUGUGAGAGUACGAAGUGUGAAACAUGGCAGAAAUGCGUGUUUGAUGGCAGAAAAGGUCCCAUCUGUGUUUGCCGAGAUGAUCUGGACUGUCCUGCGGAGUUCAAACCAGUUUGCGGCUCGGAUGCAAAGCGAUACAACAACGAGUGCAUCAUGAAGGCGACAGCCUGCAGAGAAGGCAAGUCAGUAAAGAAGGCAGCGGAUGGUUUCUGUACACCAGGUAUGAGUAUCUUUGUUUUAGAGGUAAACACUUCAUUUCUAUUCCACAUUGGGAACAGUACUUCACCUUUACCCAAGCUGGGAAUUAAAUUGUUUAACAUACUUGAACAGGAAAAUGGAAAAUUACUGUGUUUUAUAUGGUGGAUUGGUGGUCCUAUGGGUCAGAAAUGAGACUAAUUAUGCUAAACGCACGCCAUUGCAAAAAUGUUAUUGCAAUACAGUAAUGCUGAUGUAAUUACUUUCUAACAAGGGACAAAAACUAAGAUUAACCAGCACGAGACUUAAACUGGAACUAGAGUUUGUAACUAAAGUUUAGUUUAUUUUGUUCGCAUCAUGGAUGACGUGCGUUACUCCAACAGACUUUUUUAACUUUGUUGUAGGUGGAAUUUGCCAGAUCGUUCCCAUAAGCAACUGCAGGGCUCACUUCAACCACUUUUAUUUCAACAUGACCUCUAGAAUGUGCGAGUCAAUUGUUGCCGGAGGGUGUCAUCCAAGUGGAUGGAAUGGCUUCACUAGCAUGGACGAUUGCAACCGUACAUGUUCAGGUAGCUUACUGCCCCUCCACCGUGGUCAAACGUAGCUAAUCGUUUAAGGCUUUUUUCGUUUAAUCAUAGUCAGUAGAGGAGACAGGUUAUGAAAGGCGGCAAAAAUAAAGAUAACAAUGGUGCUGCAGUUUAACCCUCGGACAUAACACACAAAUUCAAAUCCCCACCGUGGUACGAAGAGGAGGGGAAGGGCGGGGGUGGAUGGAACCCCUCCUCAGAGUUUUGAUAUGUUGCAGUAUUUCGCAACGAUUUUACCUUUAGUGGAAAUCCUUUGAUCUUCUUAACAAGAUGAGGUAUAUUUUACGGGUGGUGGCGCUGCUGGAGGCCUGUGACCAACAAUUGUCGCCAUCUUGGAUUUUACCAGGAUUUCGAAAUCAGCUUAAAACUGAAAUGGUGUUUUUUUAAACUUGAAAUGAAAAAUAACACAUAAAUAACCACUUUGCAUGAUUUUAGCCACAAGAUUUACUUUUAUAUUGAAAGUAGUUCAAAAUACAUGUAUUUUCACUUAAAAAUGGCUUGACCACCUGCUAUUUAUGACGUCAUAUCUCGUAACCAUGGAAACUGGCCAUCACUAAACUUGUCUCAAAACGCGCGCGAGGGAUGAAUGAACAGCUACUCAAACGGCAAGUGCUGAUGUUUUAUCCUCUAGGAAAAAACUCAGAAAAACCUUCUCUCCUCUUCCGAACAGUCCAUUCUCGGGGAGGACCUAGGCGAGACGGAGAGAGCAGUGGAAAUCGAGCGUAUCCCUGACGGUGAACACUCUUUUACUUUCUGUUCACAAAUUGUGACUAGUAAAAUGAAUUAAUUCUACAUUUUUAUUGGUUAAUAAGAUCAAAAUGAUAGGAAUGCUACUGAUAGUUAUGCACUCUCAGGUAUACAAAAACAUAUAACAAAGGAGUCUGACGGCCUUCAAAACCAUUCCACUCUAUUCACUAUGGUUUAAUUGCGGGCAAUCCUAAGCCCUCAAUCCUAAUUUCCAGGUUGUUGUUACGUAUGCGUCGCAUGUAUGUAGCCAACAUUCGUUUGGACUUUCACUAAGAAUGAAUGGAAUUUGAAAAGGCGCGUUUCUACCCUCUCGUAAUCUGAUCACGCGUGUUUUGACUGUCCGCACGUGAAACUUGCGCGAAGCACAGCGAUGGAGCAAAAGCGUUUUGACCUUCGAUCGUUGUCGCCCACACACCGUAACCUUUGGUGACCGUCGAAUUAAGUUUCAGAAUCGUGGAUACCCACGAUCAUAAAUCACAUGAGAUCGAUUUCCAUCAACCCCAUGGGUGAGCAGUUCGCGCGAAAACUACUAAUCAGCAUUAGCGAGCUGAUUAAUAUCCAGUCUUCUAGUUCAAGUUCAAGUUCAUUUAUUCACACUUAUUCAAUUACAAAACAAAAAAACAAUAAGAAAAAAAAGACAUAAGAAGUAAAACAGAGCUAAUAUACGGAAUUCAUCAUAACAAAGGAAAAAAGUGCGUAGCACCUAAAGGAGCCAAGCUUUCGAGUUGGCUACCACCACAGAGCGGUUACAAGUAGGUGGAAGUUGUACAGUACGCGUUAAACUCUCCACCCGCCAUCUUCCAGGUGCCUUGCUUUCUUGCCUGGCGUUCUGUUUCUAACAUACGAAAGCGUACAAUUUAGUGUAUAAUUGCCUUAAUUUACGUUUCUACUUGUUUUAAGGCUCAAAAAACUAAGGCAGCUUAUUAACUAGGUCUGGAUUCUUCAUGUUCUCCUCUUUCAAAGACACUGAUCAUGAUGGAAUUGUGAGAAAUUAAAUAACGAGCUGUUAUUUUGAAUUAUUGCUUAUUCUCCAGUGGAUGUUUGUGCGCAGCCGGAUGAUCCGGGACCUUGUGAGACGAAUGUGACUCGAUGGGCUUUUAACCCAAAAGCUGGGCGCUGCAAACGGUUCAACUAUGGAGGCUGUUUUGGAAGAGAAAACAACUUUGAAACCAAAGAAAAGUGCAAUCAAAGAUGCCCACCAACCGGUAAUUAGCUGAUAAUAUAUGAGUUUUUAUUUGGUAAUUAAUAGUAAGGUUAACUUAAUAUUGAACAUGAUUUUACACGAAUAAAAUAGUUUACAUUCACAUACUUAACUGAAGUAGCCUUUCAUUCUAUUUUUCUGUUGCUUUCCAGGUUAAUAUAACUUAGAAUUAGUAACCAGUUUUUUUUUUUUUUUAAUAAGGUUUCUGGCAGUUCUUCUAGAUAGUAAUUUUUUUAUUAUUUUUAUUUUUUUCGUUUCUUUUUCCUUUCCUUUUUUCAAUUUUGUGUAAGAUUAAAAGGGACAAGGGACAGUCAGAUGCAUCGAGCGGAUCCGCCUGAUAACAUUCUGUAUUAAGUAUGAGUAAAGUUUUAGGUUUCAACGAGUUCUGGAGUAUAAUGUAUCAAUGCAAAUCCUCACCUACACUCCACCUACACUAAAAUUGCACCUGUGUACGUAAUCCUUGUUAAGUAAUUCUUCAUUUUUCUUUCAAGAUAAGGCAAGGAAUGCCGGCUGUCCAAAAUGUUCGCGCCAGGUGAAAAUUCGGGUGGCUUGCAAAGAAAGUGAUUAUGGUAAGUUGCCAGUUUAUAUCCAAGCCUUCCUUCUAUUCUCUUUGCAAAGAACAUGAAAGAAAAUUGACUUAGUUUAUAGUGGUAGUACAACUACAGAUAACCCAGUUGUUUUCUGUGUGACCCACAGAUAACGACAAAAACAAAUAACUGAAAUAAACAUAUUAAGAAGGAUAGGAAUCACAACUAGCAGGAGUCAAACCAGUUGGCUAUUAUACAAGCGUAGUGGCUAUCAAAAACAAAAGCAGCCAGUGGUUAGAACGGGGUUUGAACCGUGAGCUUCCGAAUUGCGAUUCCAGCACCGGUUUUAACUGGUCGGGCGUCAACGCUGCCUCCAAACGAACUGUCCUAUUCUCAUCUAAUAAGUAAUUUGUGUCUGACUUUUUGGUGAUUUUUUCUCUCAUUUUCAGUUUUCGUAGGCAAAGUCCAAAGAAACCUACCAGACAAUUCGACUAAGAAUACUACACGAUACUUAGUUUCAAUCAGCAAGAUCCUGAAAAACACAAAUGGGUCUCUCUCUGUGGGUACUGCGGUCAUCAGUGUCCCCCAUGGCAAGACACCAGGCUGUCCCUGUCCCUCGUUGCCCAAAGUAACGUUCUUUCUCAUGGGCCAGGUUGAGAUAAAUCCAAUCGAUGGGCAAGCAAAAGUGGAUAUUACUGUUAAACAGUCAACAGUUGUCCAAAGGAUGAACAACAAGGAUUAUAUAGAAAAAUUGAAGAAAAAAUGUGCUGCGUAUUUUGAUUUAACCAAAUUCGAAUGAUUUUUCUCCGCUUUCCAACACCAAGAGUAAUUGGGUACUAAAUAGUCUAGGCUAACUAUGUUUAGCUCAUCGGCGGUUAAAAAGGAGCAAAAGAAGGCAUGUUUGAUUUCACCUCUCAAGUUAAGAACUUUAGAAUAUCCAAAAUAGAGAAUAUCUAGAAUAUCUGUCAUCUUGUCCAAACAUUUAGUAGUCUAUUGACAAUGAAAAUAGCAUUUUUUAUAUAAUGAUUAACGUAAUUUUUUUAAAAAUUUAAUGCUGGC